AUGGGGCGGCGAGACCGACAAAGACCUAGCUUCGUUGAGGGCGACCUCAUCGAAUGCCUGAAUGCGGGAGACGGAUCGUGGUGGAUGGGGAGACUGCGUAGAGACCGACGGAUGAUGGGUCUUUUCCCUUCGAACUUCGUCACGGUCCUGGAGGAGAACUUCAUCCCAGUCAGUCGCUCGGUCAGCCCAAUGCUCGAGCUGCAGAAGAACGACAGCCUGUCGAAAACAGCAGAGAAACAAAAGAAGAAGGAAGAUGCCAAAUCCCGGCGACCUUUCCAGGGCUACAAGACGGCCUCAACUCCAACAGGCGUCGGAGCGACGCCAUCGCCGCAGAAGCCAGUUCAGCAACAGAACUCGAGAUACAACACCAACAAUGGGCCACCAUCAACGGUGCUCUGGCAACAGCGGCCAGUUUCGAGAGGGCCUUCAAGAACACCCUCUCCCAUGCCUGAGGCAGACAUCGGCUCCUCACCACCUCCUCCGCCUCCACCACACCGAACACUGGUCCAUUCUCGCGCUCCGUCCCCUCAGCCAGCUCUGGUCGAUCCAUAUCGGGUAGCGUCCCCUCAGCCACACCAUGCUGACCCUCAUGAACUCCACCUGCAUCACGCGAGGACACCGUCUCCUGCUCCUCCUUCUGCGAAUGGUCAUACGCCGCCAAUGAUGCGUGAUGCUAUGAACGAUGUGAUGACGUCCUUGGAAGACAUGACAUUGGAGAGAGGGAACUCGUUCCGAGAGACGGAGGAGCUGCUGAACCCGUGGUCGCCUGAAGCUUUUGACAAUUUCCGACGGCCACAACCACCACCAGCCCGGCCAGUCACAUCAUUGGGCCUGGCAGCAGGCGCGAGCAGCUACUCCGAGAACCGCAUCAAUUAUAGUCAGCGACACAAUAGCCCAGAACAAUUCUCAGACGGGCCUCCUCAACUCGAGACAUAUGUUCAGCGAAUGGAGAGCAGACUACGGAAGAUGCAAGAGGCAAGGGAAGGGCGCUCGUCAGAUGUCAUGGGUAGCGACCCGCCGGAACCACCACCGAAGAACUCGCCAUAUGCGCCGCCAUCUCGCCCCACGUCCGCAUUCAAUCGACGGCUGUCCAUGAGAAAGCGAAAGUCUGCUGCAGACAUGCGCCAGAAUCUCGACCGAACCUAUACCACCAAGACUAAUUCCACAAACUCCAGUGGUCAGACGGUAGGCACGAACGUGUCUCAUCAAACGAGCAUGACGAGCCAGAGCAUAUUCAGCGGCUACUCGGCGAGUGGCUUCAGUGCCACCAGUGCCGGUAGUCUGGCACGGAAACGGUUCGCCAAUGAUCGCCCAAUGACAAGUGCUGGCACCAGGACAGAAGCGUUUGCUAGUAUGAGGCCGAAGACUCCAACAACAGGCUCAGCCUAUGCCGACACACGAUCUGGUGCUCGGUCCGCAGUCGGCUGGGAUGAUGAGUAUCGUCCAGUCUCAUCCGGCGGUCUGGGCGGGUUUUCCACACCCAAGGCGAAGAAGUCGGGCCUCUUCAAGAAACUGCUAGAUACGGCCAAAACUGGAGCUGCCAGCGUUCGAAGCACCAUAGGGUCGGAUGCGGGUAGCAGAUCUGGCUCGCCGACCAAGAUGACGGGUAUUGCAGGCGGUGCAGCUUUGGGCAUAGCCUCUAAAAAGAAUCAAAGCAUGUCAAAUCUCACUUAUGGACGUGAUGCUGCUGCAGAGAUGGGACUCGGCGGAGCUAGCAGCGACUGGUUGGUCGUUCGACGAGACAUCAACAGAUCGAACACGCCAGGCCCCUCCGAGAGGCAAGAGCGUGCGAAUCGCUGCAAUAUGCUUGAUCACCCAGUGAUCUGUCCAGUGGAAGAAUUGUAUACCGAUCGAGAAGGCGAUGAGAAUGCAGAAGGCGGUCCCGUGUAUGAGCCAUUCCAGUUGAGCAAUCCAAGCUUCAGCCAGGUGGACAAGGCAGCCAGGUUCAUCACUAGCCUCCCGAGCAGCAUCAACGCAGCCGCGCUGGCCACAGGCUAUGUCUGCCGCCCGUAUCGAUCCCCCGUACAGAGACUACGUGCAAUAUUUGUGUGGUGUGCUGAAAGGAUCAGCUGGGAAGAUGAUGGUUUCGACGACGGCUUCCAGGUCGACACGAGACGCGUCAUCCAGACCAAGCGAGGCAGCAGUCGCGAAGUGGCUGCUUUGGUGGCCGAAAUGUGCAAUGCGAUCGGUGUUCCGGCGGAGGUCGUGGUUGGCUAUCUCAAGACCCCUGGCGAAGACAUGGAUCUGGAUGCUGUUAGUCGACCUAAUCACAGCUGGAACGCCGUGUUGGUCGACAAUGAGUGGCGCAUGUUGGACGCCAGCAUCGCAAGUCCAACGAAUCCGAAGCGAGCUCAAUAUUCUGGCGUCAGCAACAGUAUCGCCGAAGCAUGGUAUUUCCUCGCGAGACCUUCCGAGAUGUGCUGGACCCACGUGCCUGCGGAUGAGCAACAACAGCGGAUUGUGCCGCCCGUAAGUCCCGACACGCUACUUGCCUUGCCUGGCACGACUCCUGUCUUCUUCCGGCUGGGCCUGAGCAUGCAUGCGUACGACACAAGUAUUGUUCGCUUGGAGGAGCUGGAAGUCUGCACGAUCAGUAUCAAUGCGCCUUCUGAUGUUGAAAUUGUUGCCGAAGUCGAGGCGAAAAGCUUCCUACGGGAUCAGGAAGGCGAUCUGUACGAGGAUCCUGACAACACCACCAAGAAACGAGUCCUAGCACAGCCUAGCUGGUAUCGUACCGUCCCCAACACUGAGAUCAGCCAAAAGCGAUUCUUGAUCAAAGCGGUUCUACCUGGUGACGAGGGACGAGGUGUCUUGAAAGUGUAUGCUGGAAGAAAAGGAUUGAUGCUUAGCGCUCGAGACAUUGUCCAUCCGCUCGCAAUGGCCAUCCCACUGUACCACACUGGCAAGAAUCCAGCAUACGACUUUGUCAAGCGACAUCCGACACCUCACGCUAGCAAGCACGAUCUGUACGUUGUCCAACCACAGUGCUGGCGUCUCGGAGCUGGCGAGACCUACGUGUUCUGCGUUCGCCAGAUGGCGGCCACUACCUCGUCCGGUAGCGAGCAAAACGGCACAGAGGGACGACCGGCGUCUCCAAAUCCAAUGAUGCGUCCUGGUAGCGCUAUGAGCAUGACAAGCUCAGCGCAGGGCAGCCAGCCCAGCGAGCCUAGCUCUAAUGGAGGCUUGCCCAAUGGCAUCAAAGCCAAGGAGAAGCCUGCCAAGCUGGCUAUUCAGAGUCCUGGUGGAAAGAUCAUUCGACUGAACCGCAAAGCGGAAGGUCUGCCCCAGAACAACUCACUCCGCGAGGUCGAUGGCGAAGUGCUGGGCAGCAUCUGGGAAAGCGUGGUCAAAGUGCAGGAGCGAGGCACAUGGAGAGCUCUGGUGCUCGCGGAUCGGCAGGCUCGCUGGUGCGUCUGGGCUGAGUGGGAGUGUAUGCAAUUCGGCCUACCUCACUUUUCCAUACCGGUCGACGCCGAGGGUCACCUCGACGUCGGCAAGAUGGUGGGCUUCAUUAGCGCGAUCAUUGACUAUUUUGCGCCUGUCUUUCUGAUUGCAUCACCCAUAACGAGCUACGCCGACCAGAUCCUCAGCAUACACCGCAGCAAGAGCAGUCAGGGCUUCAGCUUGGAUAUCCCGCUGAUUAUGCUCGUGGCGAGCAUACUGAAAGUCUUCUACUACUUCGGCCACCCCUACGACACCGCCCUCCUAAUCCAAGCCCUCCUCAUGAUCAUCGUCCAAGUCACCCUUCUCAAAGUCGCGCUCGACAACCGCGGCUUCCCCUCCAGCACCCACGAACUCUCCUCACUAGAAAAGCCGAACACAAUCUCCCAUAACCCGUUCUCGGACUACACCAGCUCCUCGACCUCACCCAUCUCCCAAAUUUUGGCAGGCCAACGCCCCUACAACUUCUGGCGCUGGCCCACCCCGCGACCCUACUACCUCACCCUCGCCUACCUCUUCGCCUCCCUCACGCUCAUCCAGCUCUUUCUGCCAUUCAUCGCCCACUCCCCACUCUACAUCUCCCUCCUCGGCACCGUCGGGUUGGCGGUGGAAGCCACUCUCCCGCUGCCGCAGAUCUACAAGAACUACACGCAGAAAUCGUGUCGGGGUUUUCGGUUGAGCGUGAUUGUGAAUUGGCUGGUGGGGGACGCGAUGAAGAUGGGGUAUUUCUUUGGGAGUAGUGAGGUGGUGCCGUGGGUGUUCAAGGCGUGUGGGGUGUUUCAGGCGGGGUGUGAUGUUGUGUUGGGGUUGCAGUUUUGGGGGUAUGGGAGUGGGAGUGCUGGGAGGGGGGAGAAGGGGAUUUUGGGCUGA